GGCGAGGUGCGCCAAGGACCGCACAGGGAGUCGCCUCGUUAUCCCAACCCGGAGGGAAAGGAGGAGGAGGCGGAGAACCGAGGCAGCCUCGCUACCCGGGCCAGGAGAAGCCAGCCAUGCCCGCCUGAGAGGCAGACGCCCCCGGGCAGAGGCACCUUCCCUGCUCCGCCUUCCCCGGGACGGCGAGGAUUGCGGUGCGUAAAAGUGCCCGGGCGCCCUCGCCUUUCCUUUCCCUUUCCCGGCGCCGGAUCUCCAGUUUCUCCUCUCGCUUUGGCUGCCCUUUCCUGGGGGACGCUUGUCGGAGGACGUGAGCGUUGAAGGAAGGAAAGAAGGAAGGAGGAGAGGAGGAAGAGAAGAGGAGGAAGAGAGGAGGAGAAGGAAGAGGAAAGGGUGCCGCUCCUCUCCGUGGGCAGCCGCGCAAGCAGGGCGCAUGAGAGGGAGAGGCUGGAGGUCUCCAUACAGGGACCCUCGCUUCCCACCCAGGGCUUGCUGAGCUCGUGGGGCAGCAGGAGAAGCCGGAGCCCAAAGCCAGCGCCGUGGGUUUCUUUCCUGGGGCCGCGUUCCCUCGGUGGAGGAGCCCCACGCUCAACAUGGCGAGUGAUUCUCCAGCGCGGAGCCUGGACGAGAUCGAUCUCUCUGCCUUGAGGGAUCCUGCAGGCAUCUUUGAACUGGUUGAACUUGUUGGCAAUGGGACCUAUGGACAAGUCUAUAAGGGUCGUCAUGUUAAAACCGGGCAGCUUGCAGCUAUCAAAGUUAUGGACGUCACUGGGGAUGAAGAGGAGGAGAUUAAGCAAGAAAUUAACAUGCUAAAGAAAUACUCUCAUCACCGAAAUAUUGCCACUUAUUAUGGUGCGUUCAUUAAAAAGAACCCCCCAGGAAUGGACGAUCAGCUCUGGCUGGUGAUGGAGUUCUGUGGCGCUGGCUCUGUCACUGAUCUGAUCAAGAACACAAAAGGGAACACUUUGAAAGAGGAGUGGAUUGCCUACAUCUGCAGGGAGAUUUUACGGGGUUUGAGCCAUCUCCACCAACACAAAGUAAUCCAUCGAGAUAUUAAGGGACAGAAUGUUUUGCUGACAGAAAAUGCAGAAGUAAAGCUAGUGGAUUUUGGAGUCAGUGCUCAGCUUGACAGGACAGUUGGCCGAAGAAACACAUUCAUUGGGACUCCAUACUGGAUGGCCCCCGAGGUUAUUGCCUGCGAUGAAAACCCUGAUGCCACUUAUGACUUCAAGAGCGAUUUGUGGUCUUUGGGGAUAACAGCUAUUGAGAUGGCAGAAGGAGCUCCACCCCUUUGUGACAUGCAUCCCAUGAGAGCGUUAUUCCUCAUUCCUCGGAAUCCAGCUCCCAGGUUGAAAUCAAAGAAAUGGUCAAAAAAGUUCCAGUCCUUCAUUGAAAGCUGCUUGGUAAAGAAUCAUGGCCAGAGGCCAACCACUGAACAGCUGAUGAAGCACCCAUUUAUUCGAGACCAGCCUAAUGAAAGGCAAGUCCGCAUCCAGCUGAAAGACCAUAUUGACAGAACAAAGAAAAAACGUGGGGAGAAAGAUGAAACGGAAUACGAGUACAGUGGAAGUGAGGAAGAAGAGGAAGAAAAUGACUCUGGAGAACCCAGCUCCAUCCUAAAUCUGCCUGGUGAAUCAACAUUAAGACGGGACUUCUUGAGGCUUCAGCUUGCAAAUAAAGAGCGCUCAGAGGCCCUUCGUCGGCAGCAGCUGGAGCAGCAGCAACGGGAGAAUGAGGAGCAUAAACGUCAACUGUUGGCCGAACGACAGAAGAGGAUUGAGGAACAGAAAGAACAGAGACGGAGGCUGGAAGAGCAGCAAAGGAGAGAGAAAGAGUUAAGGAAACAGCAAGAAAGAGAGCAGCGCCGACAUUAUGAAGAGCAAAUGCGUCGAGAAGAGGAGAGGAGACGUGCUGAGCAUGAGCAGGAGUACAUCAGGCGACAGUUAGAGGAAGAACAGAGGCAGUUAGAGAUCCUGCAGCAACAAUUAUUGCAGGAACAAGCUCUACUUCUGGAAUAUAAGCGUAAACAGCUGGAAGAGCAGCGGCAAGCAGAGCGGCUCCAGCGGCAGUUGCAGCAAGAGCGGGACUAUCUGGUCUCCCUUCAGCAGCAGCAACAACAGCAGCAGCAACAGAGGCAAGAACAGAGACCGGCAGAAAAGAAAUCCCUAUAUCAUUACAAGGAGGGACUCAAUGCCACAGAGAAGCCUGCUUGGGCCAAAGAGGUUGAAGAGCGUUCCAGACUCAACCGGCAGAGUUCUCCUGCAAUGCCUCACAAGGUGGCCAACAGGAUAUCGGAUCCAAACCUGCCUCCUCGUUCAGAGUCCUUUAGUAUUAGUGGGGUACAGCCUGCCCGAACCCCACCCAUGCUCAGACCAGUGGAGCCACAGAUUCCACAUCUGGUCAGUGUGAAAUCCCAAGGACCUUCCUUGCCUGCCUCUCAGUCACUGCAUGAACAGCCUACCAAGGGAAUGGCAGGGUUUCAGGAGGCUCUGACGGUGACCUCUCACCGCACUGAGAUGCCAAGGCAGAACUCGGACCCCACCUCCGAAAACCCUCCUCUCCCCACUCGUGUCGAAAAGUUUGACCGAAGUUCUUGGUUACGACAGGAGGAAGACAUUCCACCAAAGGUGCCUCAACGAACGACGUCCAUCUCACCUGCAUUAGCUCGGAAGAACUCUCCUGGGAAUGGGAAUGCAUUAGUUCCUCGGCCAGGAUCACAGCCAAUAAGAGCAAGUAAUCCUGACCUACGGAGAACAGAGCCCAUAAUAGAAAACCCAUUACAGAGGACAAGCAGUGGCAGCUCUUCCAGUUCAAGCACCCCCAGUUCACAGCCCAGUUCGCAAGCAGGCUCACAACCUGGGUCCCAAGCUGGUUCUAGUGAACGUAACCGAGCCAGAGGAAAUACCAAGCCUGAAGGAUCACCCAUACUCCCUCAUGAGCCAGCUAAGAUAAAGCAGGAGGACAGCAAAGACAUGACACGACCAAGCCGACCUGCUGAUCUUACUGCCUUAGCAAAAGAACUGAGAGAGCUGCGUAUUGAGGAAACUAACCGGCCUUUGAAGAAAGUUACCGAUUACUCCUCCUCAAGUGAGGAAUCUGAAAGCAGCGAAGAGGAGGAGGAGGAUGGGGAGAGUGAGACGCAGGAUGGGACUGUGCCUGUCAGUGACAUUCCAAGGCUUAUACCAACGGGAAUUUCAGGAAACAACGAGGCCUACAACAUAGGAAUGGUGUCAAGUCAUGGGCUGGAACCAUCCCACACAGAUACAUUUAGCAGUAUAUCAAGAGAAGGGACUUUAAUGAUAAGGGAGACUUCGAGUGACAAAAAACGCUCUGGCCACACUGCCAGCAAUGGCUUUGCUGGCCACGUCAACCUCCCAGAUUUGGUGCAACAGAGCCACUCUCCUGCAGGCACGCCGACCGAGGGCCUUGGGCGCGUCUCCUCCCAUGGACAAGAGAUGGACUCUGUGGCCGAAAGCAGUCGUUUCCCAGACCAUCCUGUUCCUGUUCUUCAAGGCCAUGCAGGCAAUAUGGAAACAAACCGGUAUAUCUCGAAGUAUGGCAUGGGAAGUAGCACAAAAGCAUCUUUCACUCCCUUUGUGGAUACCAGAGUAUUUCAGACAUCUCCUACAGAUGAAGAUGAAGAUGAUGACGAGGAGUCAGCUGCUACAGCAUUGUUUACCAGUGAGCUGCUGAGGCAAGAGCAGGCUAAGCUGAAUGAAGCAAGAAAAAUUUCAGUAGUAAAUGUGAACCCCACCAACAUUCGUCCUCAUAGUGACACGCCAGAGAUCCGAAAAUACAAGAAACGCUUCAAUUCAGAAAUCCUCUGUGCAGCUCUUUGGGGUGUAAACUUAUUGGUGGGAACAGAAAAUGGGCUAAUGCUGUUGGAUCGGAGUGGCCAAGGAAAGGUGUAUAAUCUGAUCAACAGGAGACGGUUUCAGCAGAUGGAUGUGCUAGAAGGACUCAAUGUCCUUGUUACUAUCUCAGGAAAGAAGAACAAACUACGAGUUUAUUAUCUUUCAUGGUUAAGGAACAGAAUAUUACACAAUGACCCAGAGGUAGAAAAGAAGCAAGGAUGGAUCACUGUUGGAGAUUUGGAAGGCUGCAUACAUUAUAAAGUUGUGAAAUAUGAGAGAAUCAAGUUCUUGGUGAUUGCCUUAAAGAGUGCUGUAGAGAUAUAUGCUUGGGCUCCUAAACCAUAUCACAAGUUUAUGGCAUUUAAGUCUUUUGCAGAUCUCCAGCACAAGCCAUUGCUUGUUGAUCUCACAGUGGAGGAAGGCCAGAGGUUAAAGGUCAUCUUUGGUUCACACACUGGUUUCCAUGUCAUUGAUGUAGAUUCGGGGAAUUCAUAUGAUAUCUACAUACCAUGUCAUAUUCAGGGCAAUAUCACGCCUCACGCCAUUGUCAUCUUGCCCAAAACUGAUGGAAUGGAGAUGCUUGUGUGCUAUGAAGAUGAAGGGGUGUACGUUAAUACCUAUGGACGCAUAACAAAAGACGUGGUACUCCAGUGGGGAGAAAUGCCAACUUCAGUGGCUUACAUUCAUUCCAAUCAGAUAAUGGGCUGGGGUGAGAAAGCUAUUGAGAUACGAUCGGUGGAAACAGGACAUUUAGAUGGAGUAUUUAUGCACAAGCGUGCCCAGCGGUUAAAGUUUCUAUGUGAAAGAAAUGAUAAGGUAUUUUUUGCAUCAGUGAGAUCUGGAGGAAGUAGCCAAGUUUUCUUCAUGACCCUCAACAGAAAUUCGAUGAUGAACUGGUAACAAUAGGGCACUUGGUGAAUACUUGGCUGACGAGAUUCUUUAAUUUUAAAGGACAUUGGAACAUGUGGACUGACACUGUAGAGGCAGGCGAAGACGACAUUGUGGAUCACGUUGCUUCCUUCCGUGAACACACUCGCUUUCACGCAGACACGCUACAAGAAAACAACACACCUAUCCUAUUGUGGUUUUGGAAUGGAGGUUUACUCAUGAUCCCAAGAAUGCAACAGUGUAUUUGGGCAGAAAAGGACAAAUGCACACAAGGAUUAGCUGAAGUAAAUCUCUUUAAGGUUUUCAGAUUAAGCUGUGAUAGAGACGGUAUGAGUUUUGUUUUUGUUUUUUCUUUCAAUUUAUUUUUUUCCUUGUCUCUGUAUCAAUAGGGACAGGUCUAAGUGUCAAACAGAAUCUCUGUUUUAAUUUUGUCUGCCUGCUAGCAUCAAGUAUAUAGUACGUUACAAAGCAGGCUUCCUCAGCCUGGUGCCCAGCCUGGUGUGGGUUGAGUUUUCAGCACAUGGGGUUGGCACCAGUUUGGGAAAGGCUGCUGUAAGAUUACCAUUUAAAACUGGUGAGAGACAGCACAAUAAAUGUACCAUUUUAUCUUUGUGUCAGAGGUCCUAACCAUAGAAGUGGCUAACUUUUGUAAAAUCUUUGCCUUUUACCAACAUUGUGUUGAAUUUUGCAAACAGGUUGACAAAUUUCAAAUGAGAGAAUUGAUGAGAUUUCCUUUCACAUUAUUCUUGGAAAUCUAUUCUAAAUGGCUAAACUACUAGCCUUAAUCAAUAAUGCAAUCAUGGUACAUUUUCUUUCCAUUUUCGGUCAGUGUGACAGUUCAUACUUCUGUAUGGAUCUUCAUAUAAUGGUGCUCAUUGAGAGAGGAACAGCAGUGCCAUUCUAGUAACUGAUUCCCAGUGUUGGCCUUAGUAUUAUCUUGCCUUUCUCUAUGCUGUGAUACAACAAGUAUCUGUUGCAAACAAAGAAACAAACAAAGCAGACAAAGAAGUGGAGUCAUAGCAAGAUACUAAAAACUGGCAGAAGAGUGUUUGAUGAUUGAGGCGUUUAACUCAGACACAUCAAGUCUGGGUCCUACCUACUCUGUACAGUAAUACUUUACUUAUUGGGGAAGGGAUGAUCUUUGUCGAUAGUGGUGGAUUGUUUACCCUCCAUUAAAGAUCGUCAGAGCCAACAUCAGCAUAAUUUCCAAAAGUGAAGUCCCAAAUAUUGACAGACAUUCACCCACUUCCUUUUCUGAUGGUAUCCUGUUCUGGAUAUGAAAUAUCUUCAUGAGAUCUUCAUCCAUUUGUACAAGAACAGGAACGUGGCAGGAGUGAGAGAUAGCAGAUUGGAAGGAGGACGGCCUUCUUGGCCUUGGCGAUAAUGUUUAGCUUCAUCUUUCUGUCUCCCUCAACCACCACCAACCUUCUUUGCUGCCCCACCUGUAUAGUGAACACCAAUAUGUGUGCAGAAGUAUGUAUGUAAUUACUUUGGGUUUACUUGUGUCCUUAUAGGCUUUGUUCAAAUUAUUUACAGUUUUAAAUAAGUUAAAUAUGUGCAACAUUUCUACUAUCUCCAAGCAUGGAUUUCCCCCACUAGUCUGUGGAUGUAACAUAAUUGGACCAGUGUUGCUGUUUUUAACCUACCUCAUUUUAUUUUUAUUUUAUUUUUGUUUCUAUUAGCUUUUCCUCAUUACCUCCAGUGAACACCCAGAGGGUUUGGCCAACUCUAAAGUAUUUAUUGAGAAGAAUUAAGUAAUCAACAAUGGCUAGACAGUUUGGGUCUCUUUGAGAAUCAUGAAAAGAAGGUCAUUCUGCCUGCUUCUAGUUUUUCUUUUGGGUCUUAACUCUGCGUUUCCCAUUGUAUGGGCAAGUAAAUAACAGCUUACUGCCACAGCACAGUAGCUAAUGGGAGCAGAGCUGCCAGCAGAUUUGAAAAUUAAUCAGAAUCACACAGAAUCACCGAUUGCACAUGCCAUGGCCUUUGCAUGGGAGCUGUCACAGUUUGCCCAAUUGUGGGCAAAGACUGCACAUACUAUCCCAGUGGAGAAUCAUGACCCAGUGGCAGCCACUGAAGCUCUCACAUUUAUUCGGGGGCCAGCAGCUGUGUGAAUCAAUUCAGUUUUUUAGAAGGAGCACAUGUGGUUGAUGAGGGAGCUGGCAGUACCCUCUUUAGCUAUUUUCCUUCUUCAUCUGCUUAACCAGAAAGGGGUCUGUAUUGGACACCCAUCUCCAGCCCUACCUUGCUGCUUAAUGCUAUAGUAGUGGUGGGAUGCAGGACCAGUUAAACCCUCAGGCUAAGCAUGCUCUGUGUUGCCUUCUAUAGACCAACCUUCUUUGAACUCUCGCACUGUUUGGUGGCCUUUCCCAGAAUGUGGUAGGAAGAAACAGUGACCAUAUUUUCCAGUAAUGGAAAAUGUUCUCUUUUUUGCUUCAAGCCUUUAAAAACAACCUAAAAGUGGAGCUGUUAAGUCAAAGACUCCAACCACCCCCUGACAACUCCAGAUGGCUUGAAUUCCUAGCAGGUAAAACUGCAGCAUCUGUUCUUACCUGCAUUUAUGAAAGGAUCAUUAGGUUUUAGUUUUUUGAGUAACUGCCCUCCUAAGAACAAAUGAUUAACUUAAAAUCUAAAUAGUGGCAUCAGCUAACUGAACAAGUGUUAAAUUGUGCAUAAUGAAAAUAUGUAAGCAACUUCAGAAACAUAUUUUCACAAACGUAUAACCAUCCCCCUCAGCUCACAUACUUAAUACACAAUUGUCCACAUCCCUUUUCCUUAAUAAAGAAUUAAUGGCUGAAUAACAAGUGGGCUCUAUCCAUAAAGCAGGGUCCCCCACUGAAACGCUAGGUGCAGAAGGUCCUAAUUGCCACCCCCCCCCCCUCAUAUCCCUAUGAUCAAAAUAUUAACAACAGCAAGCCAAACACAACUUUUGUUUUAAGUUACUGAGGCUAGUUUGAUGGUCUCUUUCUUCCAUAAGAAGUUGCAAGAGAGGCAACACAUGUUUGGCGAAUGACUGCCUACACCUCACCUUGCAACAUAUGUUUGCCUAAUUUUGUAUGUAGCAGUCAGUGAUGGUGACAUUGCUGUUGGAGCUGAGAAAAAGGAGGAAGUAAGGUUGGCUGCCAGCACUUUAAUAACCACAAUUCUGCCUGUGCUGCGACAGAGCCAACAUUCUCUCAAGGAAAGCCAAUGACAAGGAUUAUUGUAGACUACCCCAAAAUGUGCCAUGCCUGAUAACUCAGAGUGUUCCUUAGAAUGGUGGAUCCCCAUGUCUUUGUUACUCACUCACCAUGCAUUUAUCACCACUUAAUCAGUGGAGAAGGAUGCCUUUAGCACUGCUGCCCUGGCUAGCUCCACCCAUCUGAUUUCAACCUGUUCAGUAGAAGUCCAAAGUUAGAUGUCUUCUGUAGGCUCCCUGGUUCAAUCAGUGCUCCUAAGGAACCUGCAGAAAUACAGUUGGCUCCCCUGCAAACCUUAUCCAAAUUCACAGAGGUUGGUGAAUGCAGAACACAGAGGUAGAGAUGUAAUUCUGCUUCCCAUUUACACAACAGCUCCCUAUGCAGUGCUCUUAGCAUCACGAUAGGCUCUAGAUACAUUCUAGCACAAGGUAUGGCCGAACUAAAAGAAGGAGCUGGGUAGUCAUUCUUGCAAAAUUGUGGAGGGCGGGGGGAAAGCUAAGCCAUCUGCCCACUAUUGCAAAAAAAGAGAAACAAACUACAUGCACAGGCAGGAUCCUUUUCUGGAGGAAAUGUUACACCCUUUCUAUAGUUAAAUAAGACAGUCUGGCCGAAGUUUUCAUUCACAUUUGAAUCCAGAGCUGCUAUUAUUCAAGGAUCAGAAGCAUCUCGUGUCUUCCUAGGCCAGAGCGCUGGAUGGUCGAGAUCAAUGUCACCACUGCUGCUACUUUCAAGUGACUUAACCGAGAUGCAAAAGUUCUGAAUCCACUCUUGUUCACUGCCAACUUCCAGCAGUCCAAGCAUUACUGGACAUUUGAGACCAAGGAUACAUUUCAAUGGAACUCUCCUAUGAGAAUGUCUUAAGACACGCACAUUUUUAUUUUCCUGUUCUGUCCUAUUGUUAUCAUAUCACAGGUAUUUUUCAUGCCAGAUGAGCAAGUAAAAUGCAACACCUGGACAAAACAAAAAAAAAAUCCCUAUUUUCAGAACUCACUUUUUUAAGCCUACUGUCUCCUUAGCUGGUUUAUGUUCUUGUUAUAAUCCUUGUGUUUCUUUCUACUGCUAUAUAAUGGGAGGACCAUAUGAAGAAACAAAUGUAUAUUCAGUACAUCCAGUUGAGCAAUAACCUUUCCAACUCAGUUAAGCCACUACUUGUAACUGCUGGGGACUGGUUUUGGGUAAGAGCAGCUUCAUGGCAAAAGCCAACUGCCACCAGCUCUUUUAUGUCUUUGCUGUGGUUACCUUUGAAACCGGAAGCUUCUUAUUAAAUUAUGUCGAAAACUUGAA